AUGGCGCGCAGCCCGCCAUCCCGCCCCGGCUCCUGCGGCUGUUACUCGCGAUCCACCAGCGGGGCAAACACGACCGGGGCCUCGGCUGCCGCCUUCAGAGCCGAGGGCUGGGGCACGACAGCAGCCGCCGCGCCUCAGAGGCCGCUUCAGAGCAGACGCCGGGGAGCCCCGCGUUUCCACCUGCUGCCUCCGCGGCCCCCCGCCCCGGCCUGUCACCGCAGCCUCCGGCCGGCGCAGGCGGCAACAUGGCUGCCGCGAUCCCCCGCUGGGGGCACGCAGGAGGCCACGGAGCCUUGCUCCUCUCCCCACCCGUGGGAUCAGGGGCGAAGUAAGCGCCUCAGAGUCCCUCGGCCCGACGCCGCGGGCCGCCCGGUCGGGGAGCUGGUCCUGGGCUACCGCCUCACCAGCCUGGAGGCCGGCGAGGAGCUGCCCCCGCCGAGCCCCGCCAGCCCCAGCGCUGCCGUGCCCCCCGCCACCUCCCCUGAGCCGGGGAGCGAGGAGGAGGAGGAGGAGGGUGAGGAGCUGGACGGCAACAUCUUUUGCCCUCCCAUGCUCUAUUACAGCCGCGAGCCUGCUGAGCCUCAUCUGCCGCCAGCAGCAGCGGCCACAGGGCAGCGGGAGCGUGUCGAGGCCUGGAGGCCGCAGGAGGAAGACAAGGGCCAGAGCCCCCCACGUCCCGGUGCCGGGCCCUCCUUGCUGCACCCCACCGGCCCUCGACAGCUCCACAACACCCUGGGGCAGCUGCCGCUGCUCAGUGCCCUGCUGGCAGAGCUGUCGGUGCUCGUCCACAGUACUACGCCUGCCGCUGUCCACCCCCAUCUUGCCUGGCUCUACCAGGCCCCAGGGAGCGGUGGCGUGGCCUCACGGCCCCCCAGCCCCAGCCGCUCCUCUGCCCUCAAGCUUGCAAAGGCACCUGUGGGUCCUGGAGGGAGCAGCGGAGCUGCCAGCCCUCAAUUCAAGCAAGGCCAGCAAGAGGCCACCUCACCAGGGUCUUCCCGGGCUGGGAGAGGACCUAAGCAAGCUAUACCCCAGAGAGAGACAGGCUCUGAAAGGAACUGCAAAACUAAGGAAAACAGACCUCCCAGAAAGAAGUUGUUGUACGGGCUGACAAAUACACUGAGGCUGCGGCUGCAGCAGACCAACCCUGAUAAGCUGAUAAUUCACGAAAGGAGAGAGCAGUACAGAAAAAAGCAAAUGGAGAUGCUGAAGGAGAGAAGCUCUUUAUCCAAAAGAAAGCUGUGCAGAAAUGCUGGAGAACAGCAUGUGGUUUCUUACAGGCACUGUAGCAAGAGAGACAGUUCAAGGCAGAACAAUCAGUUUAACAAAACUGUUGAGACUUCAUUACAGAACAGUGCUCUCGCAGAGUACGCUUCCAUGACAGAGAAUGUGUCCCCUGACCUGCAGAAACAGGCUGUUGCAAGUCCAUUGAAGAACGAUGACAUUGCAAGCAAGCAACGUCCACGCAAAGUAACCACAGCCCCCUUCCUGCAGGAAACUAUAUUAAAAUCUGCUCACAAGGAAAAGUAUGUGAAAGCCCAGCUCCCAGCAGCUUUCCCAUCAGAUGCUAAUGCAAAUGGAAGUAAUGAGGAAGCAAUACACUUAAGCCAUCGUAAACCCACGAUGGAGCAUGAUGAUGCGUCUGUUGGAAGUGAUCGUAAACCAAGCCCCAGCAGGAGUGUUGAAAACAACUCUGAAUUCAUAUACUCGGAUGACUUCAUUGCUAGUCCUGAGAACACAGUUUAUUCAGAAGAUUUCACCAGUGCUGAGUGUACAGGCAGAGGCUCAGCAGCUCUUGACAGCAGUCCUGAAUCUCUGUGGCUUGAAAGCCCAAAGCGAGCUUGGUCAGAUACAGAGCCGGAAUCCAGCAGGUCCAGAAUUUCAAAGACAAGUCAAAGAGCUGUAAGUACUUCAGAUCUUCUGCCAGUUCCUUCAGCUUCAUCUCCAGUCCAGUCUUUGAAGAGAAACCGUGACUUAAAAACCAGCAAGAGAACUAGUGGUGAAUCUGUUGAUACACUUAACCUUGCUCAAAUGGAGGCAUCAUUACUGGAUGCAGAGCAGGAAGCCCAACAGAUGAGUAAGGAAGAGAACAGGGGUGAUCACCAUAUUAAACAAGUAUCUACACUGAGAAGCAAACAAGUUAGCUCUGAUACUGAUCUGAGUAUAGGAAAGGAACAGACCACUGCAGGAAAAAGCCAGUCAGUAACUCAAGUUAGCUCUUACUUGCCAUCUAACAUGUCUGAUCUUGAACUUAGUGUGCUGGAAAACAGUUUGUCAGACAAAGAGGAUGAUUUUCUGGAAAAACUAUGUGUUCCUAAUCAAUACAGAGACAUCAGUGAACUUGUAAUAAACAAGCUUCCGGGAUACACCAUGUAA